AUGUCCACAACACAACGAAGUGAGAGUAUGAAUGCGUUCUUUGACAGAUACGUGCACUCAAAGACCUCUUUGAAGCAAUUUGUCGAACAAUAUGAAAGAGCACUACGGAGUAAGGUUGAGAAAGAGUUUCAAGUUGAUUUUAAAUCAUACUCGCAAAUGGUACCAUGCGUGACGAAUUAUGAUAUCGAAAAGCAAUAUCAAAAAGUUUACACUAUCACGAAGUUCAAAGAAGUUCAAACUGAGUUCAUUGGGAAGGUAUACUGUGACAUCAUAUCAGUUUUAGAGGGAUGUCCAAAUGCGAUUUACGAAGUUUGGGAGGAUGUCCUACUAUAUGGCGAGCAUAGGACGAAAAAGAUUUUUUCGAUUUCAUUUACGAGGGAUACAUGUGACAUUGUUUGCAGCUGUCACUUAUUUGAGUUCCGAGGGAUACUUUGUAGGCAUGCAAUCGCUGUAUUGAUCCGUAAUGAUGUAACAAUACUGCCUAAUAAGUUUAUACUGAGGAGAUGGAGGAGGGAUGUAAGUAGAGCACAUACGAGAGUUGCAGUUCACUAUGACGGGUUGAUCAGUACUCCUGCACAGAUGAGGUAUGAUGAAAUGUGUCAGGCAUUUUCGGAGGUGGCGGAUCUUGUUGCGGAUGAUGAAGCCCGAGCACGGGCGGUAAUGGAGUGGAUAAAAGUUCAAGUGAAGGAACUCAUACUGACAAAGUCGAGUAAUGGUGCUCAUCGAAAUGAUGUAAUAUCUCAUGGGUCGAAUUCUCAAAACCAUUUCGCCGUCAAUGUAGUAGAUCCUAUAUUGUCGAAAAGGAAGGGUGCGCCAAGGAAACUUCGACAACGAGGCCCGUUGGAGUCGAGUUCGAAGAAAGUAAAGGUAUUUUAUUCUCAUAGCCUACUAAUUGAAACAAAGUUAGAAUCCAAAUUCUCAUAUACGCAAACGAUGUACAUGCAGGCAAGUUCGAGUUCAGGAAAAGGCAAGAGACCAAGAGUUAGACACAAUAUUGCGGAUGAAGGCGUACCUAAUGUUGAGCAUCUCAACAGUGCUCAUCGCUGA